AGUGUGGUGUCUUCUUGGUUUGGACAAAUAAAAAACUAUUUUGUGUGGAAAUCAAAAUAUUUUAGAAAAAAUUUAAUUAAUAAAUUAUGUGAUUUUCAAGUGUUGAGUUUUGGUCAAAUACUUCAGAACUAUAAACUUUUGGAAACUUAUUAUAACUUAUUAUAAACUUAUAACAAGAGUCCAGAAGGGAUUAUAGACUCUCAACUCGUUAAGGAUACUUCUUACCAAGUCCCCUGAGAAAAGUGCAAUAAAUGAGCCUCGUCAGAAGCUCUUCAGAUGAUGUUGCGAUGGAUCCUGUGGAUGGUUCCCUGGCAUUACGCAGAGUCUCUAGGAGACGUCCAUGUAGGUGCAGCUUUAAAUGUCUUCACAUCGUUUGGCGACCUUGGAGCAGAGGUUAAGAUCUCAGGUCAAGAAAAUCCUUGGUAUUCAGACCUACGUUCUGCAGAUGUCUUUGAGCAAGUUCUGGAAACCAGGAGCCCAAUUGUAUCUCCUGACUCAAGGUUCAACGGAGACUUUUUGCUGCAGUUGUGCGAUGACGUCACUCAACUCAAGGCCGCAUUGUUCCUCUCACACAAACUAGAAGGCGCAGAGAGGCCGUGGCGAGCCUUUGCUGGAGGUUGGAGUAGAUCGUUGACUGCCGCACACCUCGGUAUCAACUCCAGUUAUCUGCUCGGCAGUCAUGGCUAUGUCUUGGUGAAACUCACUCGUCAUCACGAACAGGUAAUGCUAAGUUCAGAUGAUGAUCCACAUUUCAACCAAUGGACUGAAGAAGGGGCAAGCAAAGUAGUUCCUGAACUCCCCGAAACUGUGUUCAACUUCAUCCACAAAUUUGGAUCUCAUUACGUCAACUCUUACGUUUCGGGAGACUCGCUGUAUCAGGUGUUUGUCUUUGCUCCAACGGUGUAUGAAUAUCUUCACAAGGCGAUGAGAGACUACGAGGAAACUGGACAAAGCCUCGACCAGGUGUUGGAGUUUUUCACUCCCUGGCACACAGAACAUAUUGGCCGAAUCGUCAGUCUCAGUGGGAACUACUCCGUGGAGCGAUGGGCAGAGCAAAACCUUCGCAACAAGGCGCUCGUCUUCGACUACUCCAGUCUCCUUGAGCUCCAUUACGCUCCGGAGCGACUCCAAGUUUUGGAUCUGAUGAUGGGUAACGACGCUCUUCUAGAAAUGGAGCUGAAGUCACUCACUCCGUUCAUCUCAGACAAGAGAAAACAGCUGUGGUUCUCAGAGAUAUUGAACAACCAUAUGAAACUGUGGGAGAUCAGCGUUUGACAAUUGUUUGCAUGAAUUUAAAUUAUUGGUUUUAGCAUGUUCCUAAGGAAACCACAGUUUACUAGCGUCUAGACUGCCAGUGCAAGUCCGAGGAUCGGAGGAUCGUGGAUCAGAUCAGUAGAUCACCCCCCACCACCGCACCAUGUCGUACGCUUCCGAAUCAUACCUGCGCAUCAGCAUAGCUUAUCUAACUGUUCGCGGAAAAUUGUUAUCGGUAUCACUGUCGCUUUCAAAACGUAUAAUUUGUAGAUUGAAUUUGAAUUAAAUAUAAUUAGCCUAAACUAUCAUAACCUAACCAAACUAACCAAACUUGCUGAUAAUGAUAAACUCGAAUGAAGGUUUACUAAUCGAAAAAUAGCUCUGUUCUAAAAAUAAAAUUAUAAAUGUCUCAAAUUCAAUUUUACAAUCUUUUAAUUAUAAAAUUAAACUGUCAUAACCUAACCAAACCAACCAAACUUGCUGAUAAGAAAAAAAUUUUUGACAAAAAGUUAGUGCUCCCGGUGGGAUUCGAACCCGGCACCUUCAGAUUAUCAGCCCGACACGCUAUCCACUACACCACAAAGGCUCAUGACUCAGUUCCGUAUCGUUGCAGUAAUGGUUGACGCCACGCUAUCAGCACUGAGCGGUGGUGGGGGGUUUUUCGAUCUGAUCCACGAUCCUACCGAUCCUAGGAGUUGCACUGGCAAUCUAGAUGCUUAUCCACAGUUUGAGUCGUGGUAAAUUGGAUUUUAUCUUUAUCAACCCGCAUCAACUGCAAUUCAAUAAUCCAUGUUUUCUGCGAACUUGGAAACUUCAGCCCAUCCUUUUGACAGUAAAAAACCGGAAUCGUGCCCAUGCAUUUCUAGUUUUGAUUUGAAUUUUGAACUACACGGGAAACUCACAAAGGAAAAUUAAAAUCAACGUAGCCCAAGUGUAAAUGUUCAUUUUUGUUAUAUUAGUUUUAUUUCUGCAAAAAUUCAUCUCGAUUUGUCCAGUAACUGGAAUGGCUGGGUAGCCGAGUGGUUAUAGUGCUCGCCUAGCAAUUGAAAGGUCGCUGGUUCGAUCCUGAAAAAAGCCAGUAGCUUUUUGAUGGUUCGAAAAUGAUCCCAGCUGUUCCUGGUUAUUGGGAUUGUCAAUUCCACUUCAAAAUAUUGGUAGGAAGUAGGAUAUGUAGAACUGAACGUAAAUGUAGGUACUUUAUAAACUGUGCAUUAUAAUAACAUAAUGACUUCAUAUGUUAUAAGAGGUUCAUAUUCUAGUAUUAUUUUUGUGUUCUUUUAUGGUUAAAUAGUAUACUAACGUAUACGUUAUGUGAUAUGUUUAUAUUUUGUAUAUCUUGUACAUAAUGAAUAUAUUUUAUUGUAUUA